GGCCUAAAAUGGUACAAGUGAUGGUGGGUUUUCCUUAGAUGACAAGAUGCCACCCAAAACACAAAAUGGAGAAUUGAAAUAAAUCUCCCUAGUCUUCUUGACUCUUGAGAACCAGAGAGGGAGAGAGAGAGAGAGAGUUUCGGUUGGAGAAGGAGAGUCAAAGGAAAUGGGAAGAGCAUUUGUGUAUGUUAUUCUUGGAGGAGGAGUGGCAGCUGGGUAUGCAGCUCUUGAAUUCACAAAGAAAGGGGUCUCACCUGGAGAACUUUGCAUCAUCUCUGAUGAAACUGUUCCACCUUACGAGAGACCUGCAUUGAGCAAAGGUUAUUUACUUCCUGAAGCUCCAGCACGCCUUCCAUCGUUUCACACUUGUGUUGGAGCUAAUGAGGAAAGGUUGACUCCAAAAUGGUAUAAGGAACACGGAAUUGAAUUGAUUCUGGGAACUCGAGUUAAGUCUGUUGAUGUGAGGCGCAAGACACUACUAACUGCAGUUGGCGAGACUAUAAGCUAUAAGAUUCUCAUUAUUGCAACAGGUGCUCGGGCUUUAAAGCUUGAAGAGUUUGGAGUGAGUGGAUCAGAUGCGGAAAAUGUUUGUUAUUUGCGAGAUUUAGCUGAUGCAAACAGGGUUGUUGAUGUGAUGCAAUCUUGUGCUUCUGGGAACGCUGUUGUUAUUGGUGGUGGCUAUAUAGGAAUGGAGUGUGCUGCCUCUUUGGUGACAAAUCGAAUUAAUGUCACUAUGGUUUUCCCGGAAGUACAUUGCAUGGCUCGUUUGUUUACUCCCAAGAUUGCAAGUUAUUAUGAGGGCUAUUACAAUUCAAAAGGAGUUCGAUUCGUAAAAGGAACUGUCCUGUCAUCUUUUGAGAUUGACCCCAUUGGAAAGAUUACCGCUGUUAAUCUCCGAGAUGGAAGUCAGCUUCCUGCUGACAUGGUUGUAGUGGGCAUUGGGAUCCGUCCAAACACAAGCCUGUUUGAAGGCCAACUGACUUUGGAGAAAGGUGGGAUCAAAGUAAAUGGACGAAUGCAAACAAGCAACACCUCGGUCUAUGCGGUAGGAGAUGUUGCUGCAUUUCCAGUGAAACUAUUUGGUGAAACACGUAGGCUUGAGCAUGUUGACUCGGCACGGAAGACUGCAAAACAUGCUGUUGCAGCGAUAAUGGAGCCUGAGAAAACAGAUGAGUUUGAUUACCUGCCCUUUUUCUAUUCCAGAGUCUUCACAUUUUCCUGGCAGUUUUAUGGGGACAAUGCAGGGGAAGUGGUGCAUUUUGGGGAUUACUCGGGGAAUACAAUUGGAGCAUACUGGGUAAGUAAAGGUCACCUUGUUGGAUCUUUCCUUGAAGGAGGAACGAAAGAAGAGUAUGAAGCUCUAGCCAAGACCACAAGACUUAAGCCAGCAAUAGACGACAUUACUGAGCUGGAAAGGCAGGGUUUGGGCUUUGCAUUGACAGUUAGUAAGAAACCACUGACAUCUCCACCUACUGAUGUUAGUGAUUCUACCCUUGUUCUGGAGAGGCCAUUGUUUGCUUGGCAUGCAACGGCUGGUGUUAUCAUGGCGGCAUCAAUAGCCGCGUUUGCAUAUUGGUACGGAAAGAGGCGCCGGAGGUGGUGAAGUUGCGGUUUCCAAAGCAAUUUAGUAGGGUUACUGGGGUUUAAGAAUGGAUUUUAUGAUACCAUGUUGUAGCAUUAAUAGGUCAGGAGAUUUGGAAUACUAUGAUCUCGUGUGAUUAACUUCAAUAUAUUUCUGAGUACUAAAUCGAACCACUUCAUUUUGUUGUUGUGAUUGAUAUA